CGCAACAUCGCGACACGCUCGAGUGCACUUGAAAUGCGCUGGGGUUUUGGUGACGAUGUCGAGAGCCGUUAUGAAUGGUGGUGCUGAUGAUGAUGAGGAUGAGGAUGAUGGUGCUGUGACCGUGCCGGUGGAGACUGCGCUGGACAGGUUCUUGUCUGAUGUGCAUGUGGGUACCCAGGUCAAAGACACAACUGCGUCGCGACACACCUCGCGGUUUGUCGUGUACUCGUCACCGCUCACAACAGAAGCAGUGACAGCAGGCAGCGAUGACAAAACAGAGGCGCGUGCUACAAGCACAAUCUUGGAGAAGGGCAGCGGAGGCCGCCUGUUGCAGCAGCGUGGUGGCAGUGACGACGACGACGACGACGAUGAUGAUGAUGAUGAUGAUGAUACUGAUGGCCGUGGCAGCACAUGGGAUGAUGACGACCUCGACGUUCCCCGGCGUUCUCGUCGCGUUCCUUCAGUUGUGUUGCAUGUACAGCACGCAAUGGACACAACGCUGGAUGAUGUGGGCCUGCAACAAUGGCGUGGUGGACUGCUCAUGAUGGACUGGGUGACACACAUGCGGCACGCCAUGCGCGGGUGCCGGGUGCUUGAGCUGGGCGCUGGUGUGGGUGCCGUCAGCAUCGUCGCUGCCCACUUUGGGGCCAAGGUGCUGUGCACAGAUAUUGGACAAGACGUGCUGGACAACUGUCGUGCGAAUGUGAAAGCACACGCUGAUGCGAUACCAAGCGGCGGCAGCAUUGCCGUUCGUGAGCUUGACUGGAACCGUGUGGACCGCACUACCGGUUGGAGCGAAGAUGAUGCGCACACACUCAAACACACCGACAUUAUCCUGGCCGCUGACGUUGUGUACAUCGAAGGGUGGACGGAAGCUUUUGUCGAAUGCGUUCGUCGCCUCUUUGCUUCCACAACGGCGCGUGUUUGCUACGUUGCGCUCGAGAAACGGCUCACGUUUCAGCACCCACGACACGCGCGUCUUGCAUGA